UUCACAAGGCAUGUUACAAUAGCACAAUAACAGUCCAGUCAUCAGUCGUAAAUACGCAACUUACUUUUGUAUUUGUUUCAUUUGAAAGAGACAGCGAAAAAAAGUCAAAAAAUUUGGAUUAUUUGCAUUUUGCACGCAACGAUCGAUCGAACAAGAAAAAAAAACUAUUGCACUAAGGUGUGUGUGUGAGCGUGUGGGCGAUUUGUGUGAAACGACAUUUAGUUGAAGAAAAAAGAAAAUAUGUCGCAUUCAGAUAGUGAAGGUUUUGAAAGUGCUGAAGAUGAUGAUUUUGCUGCAACAAAACCAGCAGCUAAGAACACAAAACCAGCAACGAAUCCAAAAGCACCAUGUGCCAGUGGUCAAACCACAAAAAAAGAAGUUGAAACGUUGGAUAAAUUCAAAGCAUUAGAUGUAAACGACGAAGGGAACGAUGGUGAUAAUGAUGAUUGGGGUUGGGGUGAUGAUGAUGAAGAUGAAGAUAAUUUUAAGUUUGAAUCAAAGCAGCCAGCAACGACAGUCAGUGAAACACCAAAGGUUGACACCAGUGUGACCGCUAAACGACUAGUACAAUUGGGUAGUCGUCAAGAAUCGGCUCAACAAGUGUCUGGUCAGGAAGAGUUUAGUCGACAAGAGCCAGUUCGACAAGAUUCUACAUUGCGAAGUCAACUCGAUACUCCAUCAGCCUGGAGCCCAUGGUCAGGCAUGGUAUCAUUGUUAUCUACGGCCUCGACUGGUGUAGCAUCGUUUACAUCGCAUGUUUCGUCUGUGAUUGAAUCGAAUAUCGGUAUUCCGGAUCCGGAGAGGUUUGCCCAGCAACAGCAACAAGAGAAAAAUGAAACGGCCACACAAACAACAGGUGAUCAAGCCAAUGAUACACAGUCAAUCGAUAGUAGACAACAGAAUGAGGAGAAACUACUGAAUUUGGGCAGUUUUGUGUCAAACGUAACAUCGAUUAGUAAUCGAGUGAUUGCUGGCGGUUUGGACACACUCGAAGGUAUUGGCAAAAAAACAAUGACAAUCAUCCAGGAAAACGAUGCUGGUCUGAUUAGCAAACGUAAAUUACUCGGUUUGGACAAUGAAAAGCCAGUAUUGUCACAGGUACUGCGUGAGGCCAAAGAAAAGUCGGAAGAAAGUGAAAAAACCAUGAAAUUGACACAGAAAAAACUCUAUCGAAAGCAAUUGCAUUUUGAAACACUGUUCGAUGAUUAUCAUGGCCUUGUUCAUUUGGAAGCUCUUGAAAUGUUGUCCAAACAAGCAUCACUCAAAUUACAAGCUCUACUUAUGCCACUCAGCGGUAUUGCACUGAAUGAACUGCAACAAACCAUGAAUUCGGUGAACGAAUUGUGCGAACUCAACGAAUUGGAUCAAGAUGAUACACCAACGCAUUUGUAUGAUGUGACCGAAUUGGAGGAUAAACUGAAAACAGCCACCGAAGAUUUUGAUAUUCCCAUCGAUUUUACGGAUAUUUUGGAUACAUGGAAAGAGAAUCGCGAUUGGUUGGAUACAAAAACGGAUGAGCAUCAGCCGCAGCAAAUUCACGAUAAUGCAUUAAAAUGUUUGGCCAAAACGUCGGCAUUGGCGAUCAAUAAAUACCAUAAAUUAGCGGAAUUACUUCUAAUUAAAGAUCAUCACAGUACGGUUAACGAAUCCGAUUGUCUACUGCAAUUGACGAAUACAUUCUGCUGGCAUUUGAGUGGCAUUGCAACCUUGUACAGUGACAAAUUAACCAACAUUACGCCUAGUGAUCCAGAAAUUCAAAGCAAUAGCCUAAUUACAAACAUUUUCUUAGAGGGUUCAAAGAGUACGUCAUACAUUCAAAAUGGAUUUCAGUUAUUUAUUCCGAUUUUACAAGUUGGUGCCGUUUAAAACCUCACCCAAAAAUUUGAUUCUUCAUUUCUCUGUUUCCGAGCACCUUUGUUCAGCUUCUUUUCCACAUCGAUCUUACUUUCUAUUGUAAUAGGGCAAGAUAUGAAAAAAUUGUAAAAACAAAAUCCAAUUUCAAGCGUUUUUUUUUUAUUGAAUAAAAUUUUUUUCGAACAUUUCAAAUAAA